AUGCAACCAGAUCUUGUUGAACCCAAGCUACAAUCUAUCUAUGAUUGGUUACCUGUACAAGAUGACAGUAAGUAUGAAAUUACAGCUGUUCUUCCAGAAGGAAUAACACCAGAAAAUAUUUCGGUAAAAUUAAAUAAAGAAACAGGCAAUAUAAUUGCCACUAUUAAAGAAAAGUUACCUUUUUUAUCUGGAAAAGUAUUUGGGCCUAUUUCAGAUAUAUCUUAUCAUUAUUCUGAUAAAACUAUUCAUUUUAUUUUUAAAAAAGCAACCAAAGACAACUGGCCUUUACCUUUCAAGGGCCCUGUUAAUAAAAAGACACCUCUUGAUCCCCAAAGCUGCUUAUUAACCUUUAUGAUAAAUGCUUCCCAAGGAAUUGACUCAACAGAUCUCUUACUUCAUUCGGUUUCAGCUAUGUUUCCUCCAGCUGUUCUUAGCUUUGCAAACUUAUGCCAACAAACAGGGCAGAAUUUAACAGAUUCUAUAGUUUUACUUAAAGCCAUGGUAAAAGACUAUCAAGUUCCACAAGCAGCAACACUUCUUGGCCAUUUUGGACUAUUCGAAAUGGGUUUGUCACAACAAGAAGGUAUCGAUUAUUUGAAAUACGCGGCUGACCAUGGGGAAGAGCUUGCUAAAAUAACAUUGGGAUAUGUAUACUCUCCUUACGAAGAACCUCAUGGUCCAUGGGAAAAUGUUGAUUUGUCGGUUGAUUACUUUAAUCAAGUUAAAGAUAAUCCAAGAUCUCAAUAUGGUCUUGGUCUAAUCGAAUACAAUAAAGGUGACAAAGAACUUGGCCGAUCAAUGGUUAGAAAGGCUCGUGUUGAUUUACCAAAUAUGUCUGAUAUCGCUGAAGAUGAAGAAAAAAUGCCGGUGAAGCGAAACGAAGAAUUAAAUCUUGUAGAAAACCAAGCAGAAAGAUCAAAAUUAGAUAAAUCAAGUAAUCAACAAUCGGACCAAGGUAAACCUCAAACCGAACAAAAGGGAGUUAGUACAGGAAUUAAGGCAAGUGCUGCAGUUAUGGCAGGCCUAGCUAUCGCCGGGUUUGCUGCGCUAGCAUUUUCUUACAUGAAAAGAAGAAAAUGA